CUGGAAAGUGUGUGUGUGAGGAGUGUAGUAGCUGUGUGGAUAUGUCAUAGUUCACUCUGGGAGCCUCAUAAAGCAGGUGGACGUGGUCAAGACUGGACAUUAUAUCUAAGAUGAGGACCCAGUUUGGAGUUUUACUUUUGUUGGCCCUGUGGGUGGUCCACACUGAUGCUUGGUUCUGGUCCUGGACUGGUCCUACAACUUUGCCCCCAACAGUGGACAAUGAGGGAUCUGGCAGUCAAGCAGGUAGUGGAGAACCACCAUCAGAGAAUAUUGCAAGGACUGGACUGGAGAUAAUUGAUGAGGGACAUGGCAUCCAAAAGGUUGUGCAGACUUUGGAUGAGACCACUCAGGCUCCUCGGCUGACCACCACAACACAACCAGAAAAUGAACAUGCUUCAGAAAAGGGAGCAGCUGGGAUUUCAUCACGCAAACAUAAACCUGAAGACAGUGGGGUCUCCCUGCUGCAGCUGAUUGGGGACCCUCCUCCAAGUGAGAUCAGGCGGAUCUACGGAUUCGACAACAUCCCCGGGUAUGUCUUUGGUCCCGAUGCCAACACAGGCCAGUUGGCCCGCGCCCACCUGCCGAGCCCCUUCUUCAGAGACUUUGCCCUUAUCUUCUACCUGAAACCCACCUCGGACAGGGGCGGCGUCAUCUUCUCCGUCACAGACGCCUCACAGCAGAUCAUGUAUGUGGGUGUUAAACUGUCCGCCGUGCAGGGCGGCAACCAGAACGUCAUCCUGUACUACACAGAGCCCGACUCCCAGCAGUCCUACGAGGCGGCCAGGUUCCUUGUACCCUCCAUGAGGGAUACUUGGACUCGUUUUGCCAUCGCUGUGAGGGACGAGAAGGUGAUGUUCUACCUCAACUGUGACGCAGACCCUCAGGUGACGCGCAUCGAGAGGUCCCCGGACGAGAUGGAGCUGGAGGCUGGAGCGGGAGUCUUUGUCGGGCAAGCUGGAGGAGCUGAUCCGGACAAGUUUCUGGGGAUGAUCGGUGAGCUGAGGGUGGUGGGAGACCCUCGUGCUGCCGAGAGGCACUGUGAGGAGGACGAAGACGACUCCGAUAUGGCUUCAGGUGAAGGAAGUGGCUACGUGGAAUCCAAACCUCCAAAACCAGCCGUGGACAAUCCCAGAUGGACGACGACCCCUCCACCUUCCCGACCCAUUCAGCAGCCACCGUUGACCAAGAAGGAGGAAGUGUCAGUUACAAGAGAGACAGGGCCAAGCGGGCCGAAAGGAGAAAAGGGUGACCGAGGGGACAGAGCAGAGAAAGGAGAACGGGGUCCUAUCGGGCCGAAGGGAGAAUCUGGAUUUGGCUUGAGCUCACGAGAUAGAGCCCGUGGAGAGAAGGGGGAACCGGGGGAGAAGGGAUUAAAGGGCAGUGCAGGCUUUGGCUACCAAGGAACGAAGGGAGAGCCUGGACCUCCUGGGCCCCCCGGUCCCGCUGGCCCUCCAGGGCCCGCCACAGAGUUUUCAGUCGGCAGUGAUGGCUCAGUUUCCUCCAGAGGCCCCGGACCCCGGGGACCACCUGGACCACCAGGUUCUCCGGGCCCCAAAGGACCACCAGGAAAUGAUGGAGAGCCAGGCGAUCCUGGUGAGGAUGGAAAAACUGGUCCUGAGGGACCUCCAGGCUUCCCUGGCACCCCUGGUGACACUGGACCUAAAGGAGAGAAGGGAGACCGUGGAGAUGGUCAACCUGGCCCAAGGGGACCUCCAGGACCUCCAGGACCCCCAGGACCAGGACUCAGAUCUACUUUUGUGGACAUGGAGGGCUCAGGGUUCCCCGAUCUGGACUCUAUUCGGGGAUUGCCAGGCCUCCCAGGUCCCCCUGGUCCCCCUGGUCCUCCUGGUCCCUCAACAGCAACCACAGGAUUGAGCUCUGGGGCAUUCGGACCACCAGGAAAGGAUGGAGCGCCCGGUCAACCGGGCUUGGCGGGUCUUCCGGGUACUGAUGGCCUCCCAGGUGCUCCUGGUCCCAAGGGAGAAAAGGGUGAUUCAGGCGAGCUUGGUCUUCCAGGAGCAAUUGGACAGAAGGGAGCUCAAGGAGAACCUGGUGUACCCGGAACUCCAGGAGAGGCCGGACUGGCUGGUCUGCCUGGACCCAUGGGACCAGUUGGGCCACCUGGACCUCCCGGGCCUCCAGGACCAAGUUAUCGUGUUGGAUUUGACGACAUGGAGGGCUCGGGUGGAGGCUUCGGCAACGGACUUCCUGGAGUCAGAGGACCAGAAGGAAGACAGGGAUCUCCUGGUCUGCCUGGACUUCCAGGUAAACCUGGGCUUCCUGGUUUGCCGGGUCAGAAGGGCAGUGAAGGUUCUGUAGGAAGGGAUGGACAGCCAGGAUUGGACGGCUUCCCUGGACCUAAGGGACCGAAAGGUGACAAAGGUGACAAAGGAGAGACGGGUGAUCCAGGUCGAGAUGGAACUGGACAUCCAGGUCCGCCUGGCCCACCUGGCCCACCGGGACAAAUCAUCUACAGGACUUCUGACAAUGUGGACAUUGCUGCUGGAGGUGCCGGGCCUCAGGGAGGACCUGGUUUACCCGGUCAGGCUGGAUUCCCUGGUCCUAUUGGACCAAAGGGUGACAGAGGAGACCCCGGCCCUGUGGGCUACGGAGUGAAGGGUGAGAAGGGUGAGCCAGGCUUAAUAGUCGGACCUGAUGGAAAUCUUCUGUCUCUGGAGGGGCUAACAGGUGUGAAGGGAGACAGAGGACCAGCUGGACCCGUUGGACCCACUGGCCCGUAUGGACCUCCUGGACCAAAGGGUGAAAUUGGAAUGCCUGGGAGACCCGGUCGGCCUGGUGUAAAUGGAUACAAGGGUGAGAAAGGAGAUCCGGGUGUUGGUUCUGGCUACGGCUACCCGGGCGUCCCUGGCCAACCAGGCCCACCUGGACCACCCGGACCUCCUGGGCCCGCCAUUCCCAUUGAUCGCUUCAGUCGCUACGACGAUGCGUCAAGGAAUUACCCAGCGACCAAAGGAGAAAAAGGAGAGCGUGGUGAUCGCGGUAUUCCAGGAAUUCCAGGAGCAGCCUCUAAUUUCGACAUUUACGCAUUCAAGAAUGAACUGAAGGGAGAGCGUGGAGAGACAGGGGUGAAGGGAGAGAAGGGAGAGCCCGGUGGUGGAUAUUAUGACCCACGUUUUGGAGGAGUGCAAGGUCCACAAGGGCCUCCUGGCAAACCUGGCCUGCCGGGUCCAAAAGGAGAUCCAGUAAUGGGUCCUCCUGGACCCCAGGGGCCACCAGGGCCUCCAGGGGUUGGUUACGAUGGGCGUCCAGGUCCUCCAGGACCACCUGGACCUCCAGGACCCCAGUCUCCCUCACUUCCUGGAGCUGGAGCAUACAGACCCAAUCACCCUGUCAGUGUUCCUGGACCUCCAGGUCCUCCUGGUCCACCUGGAAUUCCUGCUCUCAACUCUGGGGUCAGCGUUUUGAGGUCAUAUGAUGUAAUGAUUGCGACGGCCAGACGUCAGGCAGAGGGCAGCCUCAUCUACAUCAUAGACAAAGCAGACCUGUAUCUGAGAGUUCGCGAUGGACUGCGACAAGUCAUGCUCGGAGAGUACAGUCCCUUCUUCAGAGAUCUGGAGAACGAGGUGGCAGAGGUCCAGCCCCCUCCUGUGAUCCUGUACCCUCAGUCCCAGGACCAGUCUCAGAGCAACGGAGCUGGACAUUACUCUCAGGGUGGCUCCUCCAUACGACCCAUCGAGCCGCCACCUCAGCCACCUGUGGAGCCCAGAUACCCUCCACAGUACGACCCCAGAUUCCCAGACCCGAGGCAUACGGGUCAGACAGAUGGAGGAUUAGACACCGAGCAGCCUGAGAAGAGAUACCUUGUGACUCGUCAGCGGAGACCCAGCCCGCCUGUAGUGCAUCCUGUCGGUCAUGCAGACACAUCAGGAUCAGGACUACACCUCAUCGCCUUGAACGCCCCUCAAAGCGGUAACAUGCGAGGGAUCCGCGGGGCAGACUUCCUGUGCUUCCAGCAGGCUCGCGCUAUCGGCCUGAAGGGGACCUUCAGAGCGUUCCUGUCCUCCAAGCUUCAAGACCUCCACACCAUCGUCCGCAGGUCGGACAGGGACAGCCUACCCAUCCUGAACCUCAAGGACCAAGUGUUGUUCAACAGUUGGGAGUCUAUAUUUGGUGACGACGCGAGCAAAAUGAGGGAGAACGUACCGAUCUACUCCUUCGAUGGUAGAGACAUACUCAGGGACAGCGCAUGGCCAGAGAAAAUGGUCUGGCACGGAUCGAGCAACAAAGGCCACCGGCAAACAGACCACUACUGCGAGACGUGGCGAGCAGGCGACCGCGCUGUGACCGGUCUGGCAUCGUCGCUACAGAGCGGCCACCUCCUGCAGCAAAGCUCCACCAGCUGCUCCGGCUCCUACAUCGUCCUCUGCAUUGAGAACGCCUUCACAACACACUCCAAAAAAUAAAUCCCGUCCAUCCUGUUUUGUUUUUUUUUUUUGUUUUUUUUGUUUUUAUCAUGUUUUUGUUUUGUUUUUUUUGUUUGUUUUUUUGUUCUGGGCCCUAGUUAAACACUUUUUUUAAAUUCCCUGGUAACACGCCUUGUGAACAUGUGGCGUCGAUGAACUGGCCCUGUGGCUCUUUGCCUGGCAGCGACGCUUUGCAUCGUCUGCUCCUCCCCUCCACAAACGCCAAAGAGAUGGGUCGAACGGAGGGGGUGUUGGUCCUUUUUCUCGGGGGCAUCGGCACAUAGUUUCUGCAAGGGGUGAAACGAGAGCGGAGAAGCUAAACGCGUUCUCAAAUCGUAUCCAUUUUUUUAAAAAAAGAAUUCUGUAUAUUACAUGUUUGUCGUUUGUGAUUUUCCUGUUUAUUUUUUUUUUUGACGUUAUCAAUGUUUUACCUUUUGAAACUGUUUAUAAUAAUGCUAUAUCCAUCCUGUUAUUGUUUUUAUUUUUUAGGUAUUGAUCAUUUCCACCAUUUGUUUUCCAAUUUCUUGUUAGAAUUGUGGGCUAUGACGGGGUGCAGCAAACUUUUUAAAGACUAUUUUAAAAAUUUAAAGAAGAUACUAGAUAUUUAUUUUUAAAUGAAGUUAUCUAAGAACAAAAAAAAAAAUGAUUGGAAAAUGAAAAUAAAUGCGUGACACCCUCAUUUUUAUUCUACACAGCGCAGACCAUUUAAUUCUUCCUUAAAAGAGCUUCUGAUCUGAAUCUGUGCCUCAGUACACAAACCAGGACUGUUUUUUGUUUUUUUUGUUUUUUUUACAAAAUAAGCUCAUAUAAUGAACCACUUCUUUUGUAUUCAUUAUUCCACAAAUAUGUAAAUGUCACAGCCGUUUCUGCUCAAGUGCGUUCAGAUUGCUUUUACUUCACGCUAAAUUUAAAUGACCUUGUUGGACACAGACACCACUGUAAUGAAUAAUCCCACAUCCAGAGGGCAAGACUCCUUCGAGCUGAAAUUGAGCCUUUUGAAUUGAAAAUGAUGAUUUUUUUUUUGAUUUUUUUUUACCACUUUAUUAAAAACCUAUCAGUGAGUAAGCUGGAAAAUGAUUAGUUUGCUGCUAAUCUUUGUUGGACUGAUUGCUGUCACGGAUGUGGGGGGGACAGGAAAAAAAUAAAUAAAAACAGUAUGUUACA